AUGAGAAAUCACAGCUGGGUAAUCCUGCCAUUGCAGGCAUUGCUCUUAUUGCCAAAUGUCGUAGAGUCACUUUUGACCCCGAAUGGCAAUCGAUUGGUGGCAAAUUCACGCAGCACAAUGAUGACUCCCAGCCUCCAAGCCACUGCCGAGGACGCUGUUCCUGAAAUUGAUGUGGAGGAGAUUGACGAAGAAGCAGUGGCGGCUGCCGAUCUCGAAUUCCAAGCGGCCAUUCGACAACUCUGUCAGGAACGAAAUUUGCCGCUCCAAAAAGUCAAGAAUUGCCGCGAUUUGAGCUCGACACAAAACUCGCCGAUUCUACCAGGAAAGUUGUAUCGCACGGGGAGAUUGGGUGAUGCGACACCAGAAGAUCAGAAACUGUUAUUUGAAGAGCGAGGAAUUAAGACACUAGUGGAUCUGAGAUCACCAACCGAGCUAAAGGAUGAUCCAACACUCAUGGCGGAUGUUUUCAAAGGCUUUAACAAUCUGGUUUGGAUGGAAGACGGCCGCGGAAAGGAUGGUUGUGUUAGAGUAUUGGCCGAAGGAGAAUCACCGCUCGACAAGAAGCGCUUUCGAAAACGAAAAAAGGAAGAAGCAGCAACCACAGUCGUAGCCGAAGAGGAUACGUUCUGUGAUGCCGGCUGCGACGAUCCAAGAUCCCAACCUGCUGGAGAUUUCCUAAAGAAUACCCAAGACGGAAGCAAGGAACGUCACUUUGUCUCCCUCAUGAACGAGUUUAAGUAUGUCCGUGGAACCGUCUCGAAACUACCCAAGCGUACCAUUGCCAAAUCCAUCCUCAAGUCACCUGGAGCUGUCUUGUCCAAACGCAUAUGGAACUCGUUGAAGAAACCCUUUAUCAAUGAAAUCAAUGAGGGUGGACUCAGCAUGCUCAACGAAUUGCUCCUACGAUUUGGAGCUCCCGGAAUCAAGCAUGUCUUGGAGUUGUGCGCGGACGAAACCCGGCACCCCGUGGCCUUUUAUUGCACGGCCGGAAAGGACCGGACGGGUUCCAUUGCCGCCAUUAUUUUGAGUCUCUGUGGGGCCAAACCAGAAGAUAUCGUGGAAGACUAUUCCUUGUCGGCCAAUGUCUAUUCGGAAAUGAACGAUCAUCAAGCCAUGGUCGGCGCACUCUCACAACGGAGUUUGGACCCCAAGACAUUUUUGGGGGCACCACCAGAAGUCAUGGCGGCGACUCUUUUGUCGAUUGAAGAAAAUUAUGGGAGUGUAGAAGGAUAUUGCAAUUGGAUUGGGUUUGGACCAGAACAACAGGACAAGCUACGUAAGGCCUUGCUGAAAAAAGAGUAA